CCAUCUCUUCAACGCUAUCUAUCUCAAUGUACAAUUCACUAUAGGAAAAAUUGCCAAAAAUACUUUCAACAAAAGGAUUCGAUCGCGUCUACCUGAACAGCAACACGCUCCGUCCAUGAAGAAAUUGCUGUCAUUGCGGUAUUUGUCCUUUUAAAUAGAUUAUCUUCAUGUAUCUAAAUGCACAUGCAUAGCCUACCUACCACCCGAGUUCAAAUGGGAUACAAAGCUUAGCCUGACAGCGGACUCUGCCUACGAUACCCGGUAAAAUAACGAAGUAUUCUCUAAAAUUACGUUCUCUGGAAUAGAUGUAACUGCAUCUGCUGUGGUAAAAACCAUAAGGAUUGUCGUUUGUGUUAAGUCAGUCUACGGAUGUGAGAAGAAAUUCAAAUUGCAGCAGCUAACGGAGAAGACGAAAAGGGCCUCUUGAUUUGGACAGCUCAGCUACCAUUGCAGAAUAGAAGGGGAAAAUAAAUUCAACUACGGGAAUUUUAUUUUUCUAUCUGACACAUCAUUUCAUAGCGGAGUUUAAAGGUUCAUGUCGACAAUAGUGCAAAGCGGAAUGAUCCACAUGUCGUCAUUUUGGUGGAAAUAUUUAUUUUUUAAUGUUUAGCCACCCUUUCAAUCUCCCCUUUGCCUCUCACAGUGUUGUGGUGAACGGAUCUGACCGAAGAAAUACGUUUCGUGGAGUUAUUAAUGAUUUUGAUAUGAGUGGUGGCUACAGUCGUCAUUUUGGAGAGCCGACUAUGGAUUCACAACGGGAAAUUUACUAAAUCGACUUUGGAUUUCUAUGCUUUUAUAAAACAUCGUGGGAACACCGAAACAAAACCAUUCAUGUAACGACGAAGGCUGCAGUGGAUGCAUAUUCACAUCUAAAUACAACUGUAUAAUUGAUUUCGGAUAUUGUGGUAGCGCGAUAGGACUCGGCCGUCUAAAGGCCGGCCUUGGUGUUUUCAUUACCACUACAAGCCCUCCUCGCCUAUAGUUAAAGCUGAAUAGUUUCCCAUCGUAAUAGCUUUGAUAUUACUGUCUACUCCCAUUUAAAGAUUGGUCCUGUUACAUCCUUGUACGUUAUUCUUAUUCAAGGGAGUGUUUAUACAGGUAUAAAUGUCACAAUUCUCGAUUAAUGUGUUUUGAUCGGCAGCCAAUCAAGAAAUUUGCAUAGAUUUGAUUACACGUUAUAUUCAACCCCCCCUCCCCCCCCCUACUUGUUUUUUGUUGUUGUUUGUUCGGGUUUUGUUUGGGGGGGGGGGGAAGAUGGGUUGUUUGGGAAACAGUAAGACUGAAGACCAGCGAAAUGAGGAGAAGGCACAGAGAGAAGCAAACAAAAAGAUAGAAAAACAGCUACAGAAAGACAAACAGAUUUACAGAGCGACCCAUCGACUACUACUGUUAGGGGCUGGAGAAUCAGGCAAAAGCACUAUAGUAAAACAGAUGCGAAUUUUACACGUGAAUGGCUUCAAUGCAGAAGAGAAAAAACAGAAAAUUCAAGACAUUAAGAAUAAUAUAAAAGAAGCUAUAGAGACUAUUGUGACAGCAAUGAGCAAUUUGGCACCUCCAGUCAAGUUAGCCUAUCCAGCAAACCAGUUUCGAAUUGAGUACGUUCUCAAUUUAGCCAAUCAGAAGGACUUUGAGUUCACCUCGGAGUUUUAUGAACACACAAAGACCCUGUGGCAGGACGAGGGAGUGAGGGCCUGUUUUGAGAGAUCCAAUGAGUACCAGCUGAUUGACUGUGCUCAGUACUUCCUGGAUAAGAUUGAUACUAUAAAACAAUGUGACUAUACACCUACUGAUCAGGACUUGCUGAGAUGCAGAGUACUCACUUCAGGGAUUUUUGAGACAAGGUUCCAGGUGGACAAAGUGAAUUUUCACAUGUUUGACGUUGGAGGUCAGAGAGAUGAACGCAGGAAAUGGAUCCAAUGCUUUAAUGAUGUGACUGCCAUUAUAUUCGUGGUGGCCAGCAGCAGUUACAACAUGGUGAUUCGAGAAGACAAUCAAACUAACCGUCUCCAGGAGGCACUGAACCUAUUCAAGAACAUCUGGAACAACAGAUGGCUUCGAACAAUUUCUGUUAUUCUUUUUCUAAAUAAGCAAGACCUGCUAGCUGAGAAAGUUCUGGCUGGCAAAUCAAAAAUAGAAGAAUACUUCCCUGAAUUUGCACGCUACACUACACCAGAUGAUGCAACACCCGAGCUAGGGGAGGACCCUCGUGUUACAAGAGCAAAAUAUUUCAUCCGGGACGAGUUCCUGAGGAUCAGUACAGCAAGUGGGGAUGGUCGGCACUACUGCUACCCCCACUUUACCUGUGCUGUUGACACAGAAAACAUCCGCCGAGUGUUUAAUGACUGCCGGGACAUCAUCCAGCGGAUGCACCUCCGCCAGUACGAGCUCUUGUGAUCGCCAUGGGAUUGAUGGCAUGUGGUUCCAGAACUUCGGGACUAACAGGACAUGGAUCGGGAACUUCAGGACUGACAGGACGUUGUUCCGGAACUUCGUACAGGCCUCCUGCCCUACUCAUGCCCGAAAAAUGAAAACCGUGAAACUUCUUACUUACAAGUUCCCGGCACUCCUGUGCGCACGCACAUGCUCGCAUGCACGCGCACAUGCACACGCACGCAUGCACACACAAACACACACACACAGGUUUUCUCCAUCCUGAGAAAUUGAGGCUGAGGGGCAAAGAGAAGAUUGUGUUAUGGGUGAACAAGUGUGACUGCAAUCUGGUUAACAACAACAGAAAACAGCCAGUGGCCACUAAUGCUGAAUGAGUAAAAGGGGAAUACAUACACACACAGUGAGAGGAAAGAAAAAAAAAAUGAACAAAGAAAACAUUAAGCUGAAUGUUUGCCCACACUUUGACGUUCUGCUCAGGACCAGGAAGACAUUUUGUGACAAACACACUCACACACACACACACACACACACACACACACACACACACACACACACACACACACAUUCAUACACUCACUCACACCUGUACUCACACACUCAGUUCUGCAGUUCUACUCCUCACCUACAGUCCUAUGUAUGGCAUCAACAGACAUCCUAUGACAUCAACUGUUUCUAAUCAUAUGCCUAGAACACAGACACAUUGAUAAACAUACCACUAUUUUGAUCCUCCACUCUUUGGUCCAGUUGAGCUUUUAGUGCCUGAGUGGGCCUGGCAUCUUCCCUUCUCUCUCAAAAUGGGACAGACUGACGGAGAAGAAACGUGAUAAACUGAUGUAAACCUCUUUUCCUUCUUUUUUCCUUUUUUCCCUUGUUUUGGGAAAGAAAAAAUGGGGUGGAAAUUUAGAGUGUUUUCUGCCCUGAGUUGCUUAGUGUGUGGAGCAGAGAAUGGCUUGAACACAAGACCCAUCACAUGAUUCUCUUCUCAAAAUGCAA